UGCUUAUCCCUCCGUCAUUCAACCCAACCAUUUGGUGGACUUCCCUCCCAAGUUCCAACCUGUGGCUUGCAAACCCUUCUACUUUGACUUGGCAGCUAACUUUGUGAAAUACCCUGAACAAUCCUUGAAUGAACGUACAGAAAAGACGACUUCUGGAAGUGGUUUCUGGAAUAUCUUUGGCAGAAAGUAAAAAAAAUAAUUAAAAAAUGUAUCUUAAUAAGGAAAUCCAAUCAUUGUACUCGCUUUCAUUGUUAAAUGCAUAUCCAUAUUUUUUUUUUUUCUUAAUCCAAAACCCAUUAAUGUUUACACUCCGUGCUCUCCGCUUUAAAUAACAUUGCAUGAGCGAGUAAUUGUUCAUUCUUUUUUUUUUUUUUUUUUUUUUCAUUCUCUUCUCUUUAUUUCUUUCUUCUCUAUUCUUUUUUAAUAAAGAAAAUAUGGUCAUACCACAACCACCAUUGAAUGAACAGGUGUUUCCAUCAACACCGUGUGAUCAUAAACAGCACACCAAGCCAUCCUUAAAAAAGGUGGGCUCAUACACACUUACUAAAACACUUGGCAAAGGAUCCACUGGUAAGGUCAAAUUAGCUAUUGAUACCGAAAGCGACAAAAAGAUGGCUGUCAAAAUCGUGUCACGCAAAAUCAUGAAAAGCGAGUCAGAUAAUAAGGAUGAAAAGGUUAAAACCGAAAUAAGACGAGAGAUACGAACUGUACGAGAAGCCAGUAUGAUGUUACUAUUAGAUCAUCCCUAUAUUGUGCGUGUGGAAGAAAUGAUAUUGGUUGAUGACUUUUAUUAUAUUUUUAUGGAGCAUGUGGAUGGUGGUCAACUACUCGAUUAUGUCAUCUCGCAUGGAAAACUUAAAGAGAAACAGGCUAGACAUUUUUCGAGACAAAUCGCAAGUGCAUUAGAUUAUUGUCAUCACAACUCCAUUGUUCACAGAGAUUUAAAGGUCGAAAAUAUUUUAAUAUCAAGAGCUGGAAAUAUUAAAAUCAUUGAUUUCGGGUUAUCCAAUCUGUUUUCACCUAGGUCCCAUUUAUCCACCUUUUGCGGAUCCUUAUAUUUUGCCGCUCCCGAGUUAUUACACGGAAGAGUGUAUACAGGCCCUGAGGUCGAUGUAUGGAGUUUUGGUGUUGUCCUCUACGUUCUCGUUUGUGGUCAAGUCCCAUUCGAUGAUCCAACCGUUUAUGGAUUACACAAAAAAGUAAAACAAGGUCUAUUGGAGUUCCCCUCUCAUCUUACUUCAGGUGUGAAGGAUCUUAUACAACGGAUGUUAAUCACAGAUCCUCAAAAACGAGCUACCAUGUCACAGCUCAUGUCUCACCCUUGGAUGACCAAAGGGUUUGAUGAACCUAUCGAAACUCAUCUACCCCUACGCUCACCGCUUCAACUCCCUCUCGAUCUUAACGUCGUACGCAAUAUGACAGGAUUCGAGUUCGGUACAGAAGAUACCAUUAUCGAGAAACUCGAGUCGCUUAUU